UUCUUUGACUAUAAGGCUGCAGCACCGAAGCAAAGGCAAAAAUGAAGAGACUCCUCCUAAUGAUCGUGUUCUUUGGAACACUUCCAUGUGCACUGUUGAACAGUCUGCAAGAUAGAGAUGCUGAUGCUGGAGCACCCCCAAGAGAAUGGUGUGCAGCUCGCCUGACUUUUGAUUCUGUCACCAGCCUCCGAGGUGAAAUCCUGUUCUUUAAAGACAGAUGGUUCAUUCGGAGGAAUCUUAGCAAUCCAGAAAUUAUGAAUAUUUCCAUUUCCGCAUUUUGGCCAACUGUGAAGUAUCAGAUAAAUGCUGCUUAUGAAGUUGAAAACCUAGUAUUUUUUAUUAAAGGACAGCAGUACUGGGCUUUCAGUGCAAGUAUUGAGCAGCCAGGCUUUCCAAAGGACAUUCGCAACUUGGGUUUCCCUAAAAAACUGAAAAAAAUUGAUGCUGCUCUUCAUGACAGAAACACCAUGAAAACAUACUUCUUUUCAGGCAACAAGUAUUGGAGGUAUGAUGAAACUAAAACCUCUAUGGAGAAAGGCUAUCCAAGAAAGAUAGCAACAGAUUUCGCUGGAAUUGGCCCUAAAGUAGAUGCCGCCAUUCAGCAUAAUGGCAAGUUCUAUUUUUUUAGUGGCCAAGAACAGUAUGAGUUUGACAUCAUACGCAAAAUGGUUACUAAGAAAAUGAAUAGCAACAGCUGGCUGGGCUGCCCAUGAUGUCAGAGGAGGGGAAGAAUGAAGUAAUCAGGAACAACAGAACUUCUGCCUCAACGUGCAUUAACACGCCAUAUUAACAUGCCAUAUUGUUGUCCUGUUGGCCAUUUGGGUUUUGUGGCUGCAGUCAUUAAUAUACUUUAAUAACAGAAAUGUUCAAAGUAAGCACACUCAGAAAGACACAUAUGCAGGCCUUUAAAUUUAACACAGGCCUUUAAAUUUUCUCCAGCGUUUAUUAGAAGAGCGUUAUUUCUUUGCUUAGUGCGCUGUGUCGCUCCAUCAUUUUGCAGCACUGGGAACCUGAAAGACACCCAAAACACAGCAGGUUGUAACUUGAGCAGUGCAUUACACUCUCGGGGCAAUUGGCUGGACCUGAUGCCUUCCGUGCGAAGUGGAAUUCCUUUUUCACUUUUUUUUGAGAAUGACUCAGGCGUUAUGUAACCUUAUGCAAUGUUAUGCAACCCUUUGCUGCACAUUUGCCUACUUAAUUAUGG